AUUAAGGCGUAUUUUUGCUUUCAGUAUGGACUUGACCGUGAACGUUGUGAGGAGGAGUUAUCUCAGAAGACCCAAAUCCACCAUGGUGGUUACUAUGGUCCUUGGGGUCGCUCCGGCAGCGGACUAUCAUCGCCCUCAAUGUCACGAGUUACCUCACCUAUCAGAACAGGCAUACCGUCCACGCCUACCACACCUGUUCUUACUACCACAACCACUCCCACAACUCAGAUGUCGCACCACUCCACUGCAACACAUCAUGUGUUUGGGCCAUUGCAGUCCAGUGGCUACCUAGUAUACAGUUAUGGCCCUGGGCCAGUUUAUACAUCUCCCACCACUACUGCUUUAACUACCAGCCCUGUAUUUUAUCAACCUCCAAUCAAUAAUCCAGUAGGUUACGGGUGGCACCCUUCUGUCUCCAAUGGAUUUCGUGCAGCUGGUGUACAACCACCCACAAGACAGUUACAAGGGAGCUGUAGUAGACAAGAUACUCCAUAUUGCUCCCAUGAAGCUUCCAAGUCUCGAUCCAGCACACCAGUUCUACCUAACUCAGCCCCAGUUGUACCCAAUUCAUAUGACCCAUUUAUCGGUUAUGAAAACAAAGGCCCCCCAGAACGUCGUAAAAGUGCAGAAACACAUUAUGAAGGAAGAAGAGGACUUCCAUUUAAUAUGCAAGAAUUUGAACAACAGUUUGAAAGAUUGAAUGACAGUCCACAUCAUUCCCCAACUCCCCCAUUAAACAAUAUCAUAAAUUCUCCAUCUCCAACAGCAACAACUACUACAACGAUCACCACCACUACGAGCAACUGUAUAAACCCCAACAACAUCAAUGGCAGCAGUAGCAGUCGACCUCCACCAGCACUGGUACAAGAGCAGAUUGUACGCAAGCAAAAGCUUGAGGCUGAACUAGCAAAACAAAUAGAGGAGAAAGGCAGAUUAGAGACAGAGGUGGAUAUGAUGAUGCGUGAAUUAAAUGAACGAGAGCAGCAACGCAAGCAUAACGCUGACACUAACACUAUGAGAAUCGAGGAAGUACAACGGGAGAAUCAGCGAUUACAAUCUGAAUGUUAUGAAAUGGAAAAUAAAAUUUUACGCCUUGGUAAGUAGUUACGUCUUCUCGGC